GCAACUGAAUGUGCCGCACCAGGUCGCCUCAUGUUUCAGUUGCUACGAUAUUCGAGAUAUCGCGAUACAUGUAUCUUCACAAUGCACUACUCAUAAGGUUGCUGAAAAUCCAUCAACAGCCCACGACCGGUUUCGCCCUUCUUCGGGCUCAUCAGGUAGGCGCAGUCUCCGGGCUUCCGUCAACCUUAUGUUCUACUUGAAACCAAAUUGCACGAAAUUAGCGAAUAUACACUCAUUUGCAAACCAAUUUGGUUCUUUCGAGAGACUCACCUGGAACCCAGCUGAAUCUCUCGUUUAUGAUGUUCUCAGGCAACUGAAUGUGCUGCACCAGACCGCCUCAUGUUUCAGUCGCUACGAUAUUUG